ACACUUUUUUACCAGUAACACCGUCACAAACUCAUAAUUUAAACCUGACCCAAGAGUAAUCGAAAAAGUCGACGGCGACGACGAAAAAUGUCGGAAAAGUUCUCAGCGACGCUAAGGAUAGGCGACUUAAAUGAUUUCAUUGCUCCGUCUCAAGCUUGUAUUGUCGGCCAACUUAAACCUAAUUCCACCCCUAAAUCUCUUAAUAAUUAUGAGAAAAAAGCGAAGGUGGGGCCUGCCAUUGCUACUGAACCUGUAAAAAUUUCCCUCAAAGACUGCCUGGCUUGCAGUGGAUGUAUAACGUCAGCAGAGACAGUGAUGCUUGAGAAGCAAAGUUUAGAUGAGUUCCUGUCCAGUAUCAAUAAAGGGAAGACAGUCGUAGUUUCUAUUUCGCCACAGUCUAGGGCCUCUUUGGCAGCUCAUUUUGGCCUCUCACCACUUCAGGCUUUCAAGAAACUCACAACAUUUUUUAAGUCAAUUGGAGUGAAGGCCGUUUUUGACACCAGCUGCAGUAGAGAUUUAGCGCUUAUAGAAGCAUGUAACGAAUUUGUGGUACGCUAUAACCAAAGGAAGUCCAGUGAAGAUGACGGGUGUAAGACAUCACUGCCAAUGAUUUCGUCCGCUUGUCCAGGGUGGAUCUGCUAUGCGGAAAAGACUCUUGGAUCUUACAUCUUACCUUACAUCUCUUCUGUAAAGAGCCCUCAGCAAACUAUAGGGGCUAUCUUCAAGCGUUACCUCUGCCAGAAAAUGUGUCUGAGGCCAGAUGAAGUUUAUCAUGUCACUGUGAUGCCCUGUUAUGACAAGAAGCUUGAGGCUUCCAGAGAAGACUUUGAAUUUGAAAUGGAAUAUUCAGAUGGAAAUAAUAUACAUGGUGAUCUAAGGGUAGCAGAAGUGGAUUCUGUGUUGACCUCCGGAGAGGUUUUGGAACUCAUACAGUUAAAAUCAGUGGAUUUUAGUUCCUUGGACCAGUCUCCUCUAGACAAGAUGUUAACAAAUGUUACCGAUGAUGAAAACCUUUAUGGAGUCGAUGGAAGUUCUGGGGGCUAUGCUGAAACUAUUUUUAGGCAUGCUGCAAAAGCCCUUUUUGAAAGAGAUAUUGAAGGACCCCUAGAGUUCAGAAUGAUAAGGAAUUCAGACUUCCGCGAAGUUUUUCUUGAAGUUGAGGGAAAAACCGUCUUAAGAUUUGCCUUAUGUUAUGGCUUCCGAAAUCUGCAGAAUGUUGUGAGGAAAAUAAAAACCGGAAAAUGUGAUUAUGACUUUCUGGAAAUCAUGGCAUGCCCUUCAGGUUGCUUGAAUGGUGGUGGUCAAAUCAAGCCGAAGCCGGGGCAAUCCGCUAAGGAUUUGAUCCAGCAUUUGGAAAGUGUUUACAUGGAGAACGUUAUGGUCAGUGAUCCUUUCCAAAAUCCCAUAGCGAGAGGACUAUAUGAUGAGUGGCUUGAGCAACCGGGCUCAGAUAAAGCUAAGAAAUACUUGCACACACAAUACCAUCCUGUGGUGAAAAGCAUAACGUCACAGUUGCACAACUGGUGAGCUUAUUGCUCUGAAUUUUGUUCUUCCCAGUUGCACAACUCCAGAGGUCUGUCAUUGCAUAUGUUGACCUAGAGUUUACUCUCAAUGAUCAUCAUACUCACAUAGCCUACAUGGAUAAGGCCAAUUUUGCCAGAGAUUCUCCAGCUGUACAUAAAGUUAAGAAGUAGUAGUACGUUCUUUUGUUAAUGACAGGAGGUAACUCUAUAGAAAGAUAAGUCCGUUCAAUCUUAACAUAUCAUUUGGCUCUUUUUCCAUAGAUUUUUAUAUUUAUACAGACACACAUACAUUAAUAAGGUUUUUGUUCUCUUAGUUUUGUAUCAUUAACCAAAUUGUAAGAUGCGAUCUGAAUGUUUUUCAUCACUUUCCUUGUUCUGUAAUGAAAUGUAUCCUUUCUGUA